AUGGGCCAAACAGCCUCAAAACCCCAACCAGGCGCCUCAAUAGCAGUCAUCGGUGCCGGGCUACCGCGCACAGGAACAUCAUCAUUCAGCCAAGCGUUAGAAAUCCUCCUAAACGGCCCAGUGUACCACUGCGGAACGCAAAUAUCGCGCGGCCCACCGAAUGAGAUAAAAUCAUGGAUGCCGAUUCUGCAAAAAUGGUUUAAACAAGACGACGCAGAAACCCGGUCGUCGAUGCUGUCGCUCCUGCGUGCCCGAUUGGCCGGCUACGUCGCCAUCACCGACUCUCCAGGCUGCGAGUUCGUCCCGGAACUCAUGGAACUCUACCCAGACGCCAAGGUCAUAUGCACAACGCGCGAUCCUGUCUCGUGGGAGACAAGCAUGUACCACGUGCAGACGUUGACGGGCGUUUGGUUUGCUCGUGCUGUGCUGUUGCCGCUGGAGGGAAUGAGGCAUUUUAUUCCGUAUGGGUAUUUGCUUGCUGCUCAGUGGGAGAAGCUCUAUGGGCGCGUUAUGGGUAUGCAUGGCCGGGAAUCUUAUGCUAAGCAUAUUGAGUGGUUAAAGGAGGUUGUGCCUGAAGAUAGAUUGGUUUUCUUUGACGUUAAGGAUGGGUGGGGGCCGCUGUGUGAGGCUCUGGGGUUGGAGGCUCCGGUGGAUGUACCGUUUCCCCGCAUAAAUGACUCAGAUGCUAUUGAAUGCACUAUUCAGCAUCAUUUUCGGAGGGGCCUUACACGCUGGGCAUUCAUCUUUGCGGCAGUCGGGGCUGGGAUUGCGGCUUUUCGCAUGUGGAGGUGA